AUGCAAUGGAUUCCUCAAUUUUUCAUCAUUUUUACCGUAUUGGCGGACCGGAUCUCGGCUGAAUGUCUACAGAGCGAACGGAACCUAUUUCUCUGGCAAGUGACCGGUCCAUCCGGCCGUCAACUCGGUUUUCUAUUUGGCACCAUCCACGUACCGUACACCAGGAUAUGGGAUAGAGUAUCCGAUCGCGUCAAAGAAGCUUUCGAACGCUCCGAAUCAGUUUUUGUGGAAGUCGACCUGCAAGACGAACAAACGAUCCGCCGUCUGAUGAAAUGCAAAAAUUUGAAGAAACCCAGGACAAGUCUACAAUAUCUGGGCAAUGAGUUGCAUACCAGGUUACAAAAAUAUUUUGCAAAUUAUCGACGUCGUCUGAUCAGUUUACUGCGUGAAAAGGACGAUUUGGAAGACGCAAAAGGCGUUGUGACGAAUUUUAACCACGUCGUUGGAGGCUGGGAUCGUCGUCGCCCGGAAUGGCUCCUUUUCGUCUUGUAUCAACUUUGCGAGGCCGGAAUCGACAGGGAAGAAUCUCAAAUGCUCGACGCUUUUCUGGCAGAAUUGGCCGUGGCUUCGGGGAAAGAGAUUUAUUCGAUUGAGACACCUCAGGAGCAAUGCAACCCCGUGGAAUCGUUGUCCGAGGAACAGCUGGUCUUCGCCAUCAACUACACCCUCUCAUACCUCGAAUACCAACUCGAGAUUAGAAAAAAUCCGGUAUUAAAAGUGGACCGACCGAGGAGAACGCAUGAUAUUGUUAGAAGCUACGAGUGUGGAAGCCUUGAAAAAGAUGUGUUCCAAUCUGACACCCGAGAUCGAUACGGGCAGAUUUUAAACGAAACGGAUAUUGAGAGGGCGAGGGAGAUCGACCGUCUCCUAAAAGACGACAUUCUCGUGAAGCGAAAUGUCCGAAUGGCUUCCCGUAUCGAUAAAUUGAUCACUUCCGGUGGUCAAACCAACUUUUUCGCGGCAUUAGGCACCGGUCAUUUCAUCGGCGAAAAGAAUAUCAUCACACUCCUUGAACAACGAGGAUAUUCCAUCAAGGCUGUCAAGGAGGACGACGUUUUAUUAUCACAUCGAAAAGAUGCGAAUUUCCGCGCCCUCUGGGUCCGCGAAGAUCCAGUUUCCGACUCGGAAGACAUCGAAAUCCAAAUCGAAAUCACCUCUUCUUUCUCUGGGGCCUUCCCAAAGCUAGGUAACGCCGAAUACAGCAAACCAUACCUUAUCGAUCUAGAGAAGUCCAUUGAAAAAGAUUACGCGAAACUGAUGGAGGUCAAUGAAUUGAAGAAUAUCCUGGUGGGAACUAUGUUCUUACAGGCGUUAUCGGCGCUCAUCUCUUCAUGGUGUCUGUAUAUUUUGCUACUCAUCUUUGGCGUCAUUCUGGUGCGGACCAUCUUCGUCUAUCCGUAUUUCUGCUGGAACAUCGUUCAAAAUUUGGGCGCCGCAAUCCAGGCGCUGUGGCGUGGCAGUGUGGAAUUAGGGCUGGGAUCAUCAGUCAGCUCUGACCAAUCGAUGCUGCGCUAUAUGAUCAAAAUCAUAUUUUUUAUUGUCUUGCUCUACUUGCUCUUUCGUGUUGGGCUGUAUUGUGUGCGUCGCGCUACAAAGUUGAUGGCGGGGGGCAAAGCCAAAUCGACG